AUGGAGUGCUUGCUCCUUCACCUCCUCCCUUGCAAACUGGACGGGUUAUUCCUACCACCUCCCUCCUCCCCACUCCCAGGCUUGCUCCGCUAUCAGAGGAGCGGAUCCAUGAGUCAGGGCAGCUGCAGUGCUCCUACCACGGACGGUCGUACUUUCAGUCACAACUGGACUUGCCCUCUUCCCUCCUCUCCUCCCUCCCCCGCCCCUUAUUCCUCCCAGGCUAGCCCCAUUAUCAGAGGGGCGGAUACACGAGGCAGCUGCAGUGCUCCUACCACGGAUGGACGUUCUCAGGAGAAGGCUCGUGCGGGCUCAUUCCUCAGGCUCCUGCAGAUGGACCAGCGGCUCCCAUGGAUGGCUUUUGAGACGUCUCAAAAGAAGCCCCAUCGGGUGCAUUUCUUAGGCUCCCAUGGAUGGGAUAUGUUACUCACCUGGAGUGAGGGAGGGGAGGUGAGCAUGAAGGCAUCAUCUGGUGAACGCCUCUCCUCGAGCAUGUGCGCGGCUGCCCCGGCCCGUCGUCGCUCGUCCCGGCCCCGCGCCGCUGUCCAGGCCCGUCGCCGCCCGUGCCCGUCCCGGCCCCAUGCCGCUGUCCCGGCCCCACGCCGCCCGUACGCCGCCCGUCCCGGCCCCGCGCAGCUGCCCCGGCCCGUCGUCGCUCGUCCCGGCCCCGCGCCGCUGUCCAGGCCCGUCGCCGCCCGUGCCGUGCCCGUCCCGGCCCCAUGCCGCUGUCCCGGCCCCACGCCGCCCGUGAACGCCUCCCCUCGAGCAUGUGCGCGGGUGUACCCCAGUCGGGUGCAUGAAGGCAUCAUCUGGUUCUGGCCGAACUGCUCGCCCUCCGCUGCUGCUGAAGCAGCUGCUGCCCCGCCUCCCCCAUCCCUCCUUGAGUUUGGUGAUCCAAGCUUUCGAUACGACACGGGCAUGGCAGACCUAGAAUAUGGCUACGAGAUGCUGAUGGAGAAUCUGCUGGACCCAGCGCAUGUGCCCUUCGCGCAUCACAAGUACCAGGCGGAUCGUAACAAGGCGGGGCCACUACCGUCCAUGGCGGUAACCAGCAUCACCGCACGGGGCAUCGAGGGCACCAGCUUUGUGGGCAGCGGCCUAGCUGCUGUGGUCCCUCCCUGCACGCUCAUUCAGAAGCUGCUCAUCGGGGGGAAAGUGAAGCUGCUGAUCGGGGAAAAUGUGCCAGAGGGGUCGGGCAAGAAGCAGCGGACGGCAAUUCUCUUCUUCCACUGCAUUCCCCCCCGCCUGCCAGGGCAGAGCCGCCUCAUCUGGUUCUUCAUAAACAACAUCAUCACCCCCUGGCCAGAGGGGUCGGGCAAGAAGCAGCGGACGGCAAUUCUCUUCUUCCACUGCAUUCCCCGCCUGCCGGGGCAGAGCCGCCUCAUCUGGUUCUUCAUGAACAACAUCAUCCCCCCCUGGGUGCCCAUGCCCCCGGAGUGGUUCGUGCACUUGACACGGAUGAAAGUGCUAGACACCGACCACCCGUUGCUGCACCUCACGGAGUGGGCGGCUGGAGGAGGGAGGGGCGGUGCAGGGGGUAAAGAGCUACUACACUCCCACGUCAGCCGACUCGUUCGUCUCGGCCUACCGCUCCGAACACCUCUCUGUACCCUCCCUUUCUUCCCCCACCAAACGCCUCUGUCUCUGCCUUCCCCCUUGCAGCAGGAGCAGCGGCUGGAGGAGGAGGGAGGGGCGGAGCGGCGGCUGGAGGAGGAGGGAGGGGCAGAGCAGGGGGUAAAGAGCUACUACACUCCAACAUCGGCGGACUCAUUUGUCUCGGCCUAUCGCUCCUGGCUGCUCAGAUUUGCGGGCGGCAAGGCCCGCUUUCCUGCCUACGUGAAUCCGGAACUGCCUCCUGCCAAGUCGAGGCGGGAGAUUCUUGACAGGCAGCGCUUCCACGUGCGGCUGUGCCCCGACUGCCAGCGAGUGCAGCGCUGGCAGCGCUUCCACGUGCGGCUGUGCCCCGACUGCCAGCGAGUGCAGCGCUGGUCUGACCGCCUCUGCACUGCCCUCUGGGCCGCGUCCCUCCUCCUCCUCGCCGCCACCGCCCUUCUUCCCAUCGCCCCGCUUGCCAUUCGGCAAGCUGCAGGCCCCAUGGGUGCUGUUUUUGCAGCGGCAGCUGCGAUGGUGUGUGCAGCUGCUGCCCACUGGCUGAAGGGAUUCAUCGAGAGGAAUUAUGUGUAUGAGGACUUUGUUCAUGCGCUUUGGUACCCUGCGAAGAAGUAA